AAAAAAGGGCAGGAAAUGAUCCUCCUCCAGUCAAACGAACACUCGCUCGUCUCUCUCGCCGUCUUCAAGAUUCCCCCCUCAGAUGCCCUAGCCCCACACAGCAAUGGCGACAGACGAUCCUCCGUCGCACAACUGGCUGGAUCUCCCGAGGGAGAUCGCGACGACGAUCCUCCUGAAGCUCGGCGCCGUGGAGAUCCUCACGACGGCGCAGAAGGUGUGCACAUCCUGGCGCUCCAUCUGCGCGGACCCCGCCAUGUGGCGGUCCAUCGACAUGCGCAACGCGGGGGACCUCUCGGGCAUGGACCACGACCUCGUCGCCAUGUGCCGCCACGCCGUCGACCGCAGCCACGGCGGCUGCGUCGACAUCAACAUCGAGUACUUCGGCACCGACGAGCUCCUCAAGUACACCACCGACCGGUGCAAUCAUAUUAGACGUCUACGACUUGUAUGUUGCAAUAACAUUUCGGAUGAGGGUCUGUGUGUAGCAGCCACAAAACUUCCUUUGCUGGAGGUCCUUGAAUUAUCUUAUUGCUUAUUCUCGAAGGAAGCCCUAGAGACUAUUGGCCAAUGUUGUCCCCUUCUGAAAUCCUUCAAAUUGAAUAGCCAGGGAUAUAGAUAUACACACAUGGAGUGUGAUGAUGAGGCACAAGCUAUAGCAAAAAACAUGCAUGGAUUACGCCACCUCCAACUCUUCGGGAAUAAGAUGACAAAUGAAGGUCUGAAGGCGAUUCUUGACAGUUGUCCUCAUCUUGAGCAUCUUGACUUGCGCCGGUGCUUCAAUGUUAAUAUUGGGGGUAAUUUGGGGAAAAGAUGCACCGAACAGAUCAAAGAUUUAAGGCGUCCAUAUGACCCCACAGAUGACUAUGAGUUUGAUGCUACAAUUCACGAUGAGGAGUCCUUCGAUGAUGAUUACCCAUCUGGGUUUUCUGACAUUGAUUUGUCUGAUUAUGAUAACUACUAUGAGUUCUCUGAUUAUGACGACUUCAGUGCGUAUGGGUUUCUAUAUGAUUAGUGGUUUGCUGGUUGUAUGGUGAAGAUUCUUCUUGGUUGAUGAGACUUCGUACCAUGCUUCGAGGCAGAGAUGGUUGAACGCCGAUCCUGUAUGCCUUCUGGUGUAGCUUUUGACCUAAACUUUGCAAGUGGGAGUCUUUCCUAUUUGUUGAUGAAGAGAAUCGCUCAUGGAUCAGCUCUCCCCAAGAAGUGCAUUCUUUUGUUCCUUUUGUUCUGAUCUCUGCAGUUUAUAUCUCCAGAACAUGUUUUGUGACUAUGACCUAUGUUUUCUGCAUAUAGUUCUAGUGCUUAGUCUUGUUUUGGCAUCUGUGACAUUGGUGUGCCAACUGCAGUUGGGCAUGAUAAUGAUAAACCCCUAUAUCUGAUAAUCGGAUAUUGGGUGUCAUUGUGCAGUUUCGCAUAAAAUAUAUAUUGUGUUCUUAAAAUGAUUAUCAGAAAACCACUUUUGUCAUUCCCAUACAUGAGGAUCUUGUAAUGUUGAAUGUAGCAGCAAGUUGCUUUGCUUGUU